UACAAGCCUCACCACAGUAUAAAUGUGUAAAGGAAACCAACCAAAUGAAGAUGUCAAGCAUGAGUUCCUCCACCAUAACAGAAUGAUGAUUUCCAGAAUGAACAGAAAGGCAAAAAUGACUGAAAAGUCACUGGAGAUAUUUGACGUUUUCAUUUCUUGGGGAAGGACCAUGAAUGUCACUAUCAUCACAAGAAACGGCGAAUUCACGAUGGAGAUUGGUUUCAGCGAGUCUGUUCUUGAAAUAAAACGGCGAAUCGAACAAGGCUUGGGUAUUGAAGUAUCUACACAAAUUCUAACAGUAUACGGGUUGGAACUAAUUGAUGGACUUGAUAUGGGAGAUUAUCCAAUUAUUGUGGAAGGAACAAGGAUUGAUCUUAACAUCAUGAAAAAAGAACUUGUUAUCGAAAUUGAUCCUAAUAGAAUACAAAUUGUUCUUACGAUAUCAAAACGGAAAACAAUAAUUGAAGUUGAUAGAACUGAAACAGUUGCAAGUUUGAAAGAGAAAAUCCAUGGAAUUGACGGAAGUCCCAUCAAAAGAACAGUACUUAGCUUUAGUGGAAUCGAGAUGAAUGAAAACUAUCGAAGUUUAUGCGAGUAUGGGAUAUGCCAAGGAUCUGAAGUGUCCGUGUUUUAUAGAAAUGUGAAUCACCCAACAAGAAGCGAUCAACCUUCGGCGAGAAGAUUGAGUUUGGUAGUUCAGACAACCUCUGUACUUAAUUCCGCCAGAAUUCCUUUGGAAAUGUUCGAAUCAAAUACAACUAGAGAGAUUAGACGGGUUUUAUUAGAUGGAAAAGUUCUUCCUCAGGAUGACUAUUUUUUCAUUCACAAACAGAGAAUCAUGCAGGACGACUGUAGUCUCCGUUGGCAUGGUGUUGAGGAUGGGGAUUUUUUGUACGUUUUUAAAGGAACUGUUAGCCGUGAAUACUGAACUCGUGCUUAUUCGAGCUUCCAUUUGACCAAAUAAGCUUGGAGGAAAGGGCCAGCAGAUAUUAAUUAGUUUGACUUCGAAACUACUAUAUAUGUAAUGUUUUUUUCUCAAGAUUUUUACCGUGGUUUAGCUAAAACA